AUGAUUCGACAUAAAAUUUUAUUAACUAUUCUUUUUGGAACUAUAUUUCAAAUAUUUUUUUCAACAACAAAUACACUUUCACUAUAUGAAGCAAAAAUAAAUGAAUCAACAUUAAAUUAUCAAAAAAAUAAAUGUGAAUUAGCAUCAAUUGAUCAAUUUCCAUCAUUAUUUUUUACAGAUGAACAACGUCGUAACGGCGGUGUUCUACUUCAUAUUGUACUUAUACUCUAUUCAUUUGCUGCUAUUGAAAUUGUUUGUGAUGAUUAUUUUGCAUCGGCUUUAGAAAAAAUAAGUUAUAAUUUAAAUUUAACUCCGGAUGUUGCCGGAGCUACUUUUAUGGCAUUAGCAACAUCAGCUUCGGAAUUUUUUACAUCCAUAGUUGGUGUUUUCUUCGUCAAAUCGGAUAUUGCUCUGGGCACUAUUCUCGGCUCAGCUGUUUUCAAUGUUCUUUUUGUUAUUGCUUUAUGUGCACUUAUUUCAACAACAGUAUGUGAAUUAGAUUCAUAUCCAAUUGUACGCGAUGGUGGAUUUUAUUGUAUUGCCGUUGUUGUUCUAUUUAUAAUAAUAUAUGAUCAACGUGUUUAUUGGUAUGAAGCAUUUGCACUUGUUAUAUUGUAUUUAAUUUAUGUGGCUAUAUUAAAAUUUAAUGAUCGUUUAUCACGUUUAAUACAUGGAAAUUCAUCAAAUCAAACACAUCGAAAAUCUAGUGGACGUCAUUCUGAACAAUUACAAACAUUAAAUGAUAAUGUUGAAUUAGAACAAAAUAUAACAACACGUGCACGAUCAGUUUCAGAAUCUGUUGCAAUGAAUACAACAUCAAUUAGUAAUCAUUAUAGAAAACGACGUUCAACAUUUAAACCAUGUCGAAAACGUCUUAAAGAUACAUUAGAUAAUCAUCAAAUAGUUGCUAAUGCAACAGAAAUAUUUGAUCCACUUAAAUUACCAACAAAAAAAUAUAAAAUAAUUAAAUGGAUUCUUAUGUAUCCAGUUCGUUUACUUAUGCAUAUAACAAUACCAGAUUGUCGAAAAGAAGUUUUUCAUAAUUAUUAUAUGCUUACAUUUGUCAUGUCAACUAUUUGGGUUGCUGGCCUUGCUUAUUUUCUUGUAUGGCUUGUUGUCAUUGUUGGAUCAACUUUAAAUAUUCGAGAUAGUAUUAUGGGUUUAACAAUAUUAGCUGUUGGUUCAUCAAUUGAAGAAAUUUUUUCAGCUAUUGUUAUGACACGACGUGGUCAUCCAGAAAUGGCUAUUGCUGGUUCAAUUGGUUCAAAUGUAUUUGAUAUUUUAAUGGGUUUAGGUAUACCAUGGUUAUUUCGUAAUUUAAUGAGAUUUACUUAUCAAUCAACACCAUAUGAAACUGUACCAUUUAUGAGUGAUCCAAAUUUAGCUGUCUUAUCAUCAAGUUCAUCAAAUGAUGGUAGUUUAACAACAAUAAAUACAAAUAUUCCUUAUUAUGUUGAAAUUCAUUCACGAGGAUUAGUUUAUUCAACAAUUAUUCUUUUUAUUGCAAUUGUUACAUUUUUAAUAACAUUCUUUAUAAAUCGAUGUCGUUUAACAAAAUUCUAUGGAAUUUUUCUUAUUAUUAGUUGGUUGUCUGUCAUAACAUUAAUGUGUCUAUUUGAAUUGAAUAUAUUUGGUCGCUUCCAUGCUGAACCAUGUCAAAAAUGA